UCUAUUUGAUAGACCAGUGCUAUCAACAUACAAGCUUUUUUUAAUUUUUCUUCCCCUGUUCCAGCUGGCCGGAAUUGGACCCGGGACAAAACUUGAGCACAAUGUCCACCUCCGCUGUUAAGUCGCUCUACCGGCGCUCUCUGAAACUGUCUCUUGACUGGGCUGUCCACCGACAGAUCUGGCGUGGACAAGCCGUCUAUAUCCGAUCCCUUUUCGAAGCGAACAAGGACGUCCGCGAUCCUCGCCAGCAACAGGUUUUGCUGCGCGAGACAGAGAAGCUUUUGGUAACCUGGAAGCACCCUGACCCAUACCGGGCACCUACUGCGCCCGGCGGCAACAAAUGGGAGCGCAACCUGCCGGCCCCAAUCCUGCCGUAUGCCCAACCUCCCGGUGCACACUAAGUCAAAUCAAUAUCGCAAAGGACAAAAUAAGAAUUUGGCC